AUGUUCGAUAAACUUUGGGCUCGUGGCAAUAAUUUACGGGCUACGCGAGAAGCCACCGAUUAUCUAUUCAAAAAUUUUCUUUAUCUGGGCUUGCAGCAUCCCGAGAAGUGGCAACGACUUCAUAAGCUGUAUUCGCUGAUAUUGAAUUUAUUUGUGCUAGGAUGGUAUCCGAUAUCAUUCAUUGUAAGCUAUUACUUCGAGUUCAGGAAUAUGACAGUGUCGCAACUGUUGACAUCAAUACAAGUGGCCUUCAAUGUGUGGGGUAUACCAUUCAAAAUUGCUACAAUGCUCAUGUCGCUGAGACAUCUAUAUGAGACCAUGGAUGUAAUGGACAUUUUGGAUGCUCGCUGCGAUCGUCAGGAUGAACGUGAGAAAAUUCGUCAUUGUGUUAUGGUUGGUAAUCGUUUGACCAUGGUUUACAUGCUUGUCUAUUGUACAUACGCCGAGGUUACACUGAUCGCAUCGGUGAGUAUGGGUCAGCCGCCAUAUUCAUUAUAUAUACCCGGCAUCGAAUGGCGCAAUUCUAAGCAGGAGUUUGCUGCUCAGUGUGUCAUUGAAUUUGUGCUGACAAAUUUGGCGUGUUGCCAUGAGGCAGCCGAAGAUGUGUAUUCUGUCAUUUAUGUCUAUGUUAUACGUACGCAUAUGCAAAUAUUGGUGGAACGGGUGAGGAGAUUGGGCAAAGAUUUGGAGACCACAAAUGAUGAAUGCUAUGAGCAGUUGGCGAUGUGUGUUAAGGAUCAUCAGAAUUUGUUAAGAUUAAUAGAUAUUAUCAGCCCCGUUAUCUCGAAAACCAUUUUCAUACAAUUUAUGAUAACCGCCAUUAUACUGGGCACCACUCUAAUAAAUAUUAUGAUAUUUGCCGACUUUUCUGCCCAGGUAGCCUCGGUAGUUUAUAUGCUGGCAGUCUUGGUGCAAACCUUCCCCUGUUGCUAUCAGGCCACUUGUCUAAUGGAGGAUAGUCAGCAGCUAACAUUGGCCAUUUUUCAUUGUGAGUGGAUUGAUAAGGAUAUACGCACUCGUAAAAUGCUGAUAUUCUUUAUGAUGCGUUCCCAGUUGCCCGUUACUUUAACGGCCUUGAAAUUGUUUCCCAUUACUCUGGACACUAGUUUGGCGAUUGGUAAAUUUUCAUUUUCCCUUUACACUCUUAUCAAGGAAAUGGAUUUUGGUCAAAAUUUUAAGGCCUAA